AUGGCGAGCCCGCCGCCGCCCGGGCCCCCCGCGCCGGCGGGCGGCGACGGCCCCAACCUCAACAACAACAACAACAACAACAACCACGGCGUGCGCAAGUGCGGCUACCUGCGCAAGCAGAAGCACGGCCACAAGCGCUUCUUCGUGCUGCGCGGGCCCGGCGACGAGGCGGCGGCCGCGGGCGGGGGGCCGGCGCCGCAGCCGCCGCGGCUCGAGUACUACGAGAGCGAGAAGAAGUGGCGGAGCAAGGCGGGCGCCCCGAAGCGGGUCAUCGCGCUCGACUGCUGCCUCAACAUCAACAAGCGCGCCGACGCCAAGCACAAGUACCUGAUCGCGCUCUACACCCGCGACGAGUACUUCGCCGUGGCGGCCGAGAACGAGCACGAGCAGGACGGCUGGUACCGCGCGCUCACCGAGCUGGUGAGCGAGGGCCGCGCGCCCCCCGCCGCCGCGCCCCCCGCCGCCGCGCCCUGCAGCGCCUCCCUGCCCGGCGCCCUGGGCGGCUCGGCCGGCGCCGCCGCGGCCGAGGACGGCGACGGGCCGCCGGCGCCCGCCUACCGCGAGGUGUGGCAGGUGAACCUGAAGCCCAAGGGCCUGGGCCAGAGCAAGAACCUGACGGGCGUGUACCGCCUGUGCCUGUCGGCGCGCACCAUCGGCUUCGUGAAGCUCAACUGCGAGCAGCCGUCGGUGACGCUGCAGCUCAUGAACAUCCGCCGCUGCGGCCACUCGGACAGCUUCUUCUUCAUCGAGGUGGGGCGCUCGGCCGUCACGGGCCCGGGCGAGCUGUGGAUGCAGGCCGACGACUCGGUGGUGGCGCAGAACAUCCACGAGACCAUCCUGGAGGCCAUGAAGGCGCUCAAGGAGCUCUUCGAGUUCCGGCCGCGCAGCAAGAGCCAGUCGUCGGGCUCGUCGUCCACCCACCCCAUCAGCGUCCCCGGCGCGCGCCGCCACCACCACCUGGUCCACCUGCCGCCCAGCCAGACGGGCCUGGUGCGCCGCUCGCGCACCGACAGCCUGGCCGCCACCCCGCCGGCCGCCAAGUGCGGCUCGUGCCGGGUGCGCACGGCCAGCGAGGGCGACGGCGGCGCGGCGGCCGGGGCGGCGGGCGGCAGGCCCGUGUCGGUGGCCGGGAGUCCCCUGAGCCCCGGGCCGCUGCGCGCGCCCCUGAGCCGCUCGCACACCCUGAGCGGCGGCUGCGGCGGGCGCGCGAGCAAGGUGGCGCCGGCGCCGGCAGGGGGCGCCCUGCAGCACAGCCGCUCCAUGUCCAUGCCCGUGGCGCGCUCGCCGCCCGCGGCCACCAGCCCCGGCAGCCUGUCGUCCAGCAGCGGGCACGGCUCCGGGUCCUACCCGCCGCCCCCGGGCCCGCACCCGCACCUCCCCCUGCAGCAGCCCGCCGGCCAGCGGCCCUCCAGCGGCAGCGCCUCGGCCUCGGGCUCCCCCAGCGACCCCGGCUUCAUGUCCCUGGACGAGUACGGCUCCAGCCCCGGCGACCUGCGGGCCUUCUGCGGCCACAGGAGCACCACGCCCGAGUCCGUCGCCGAGACGCCCCCGGCCCGGGACGGCGGCGGGAGCGAGCUGUACGGGUACAUGACCAUGGACCGGGCGCUGGGCCACGGCGGCCGCCCCUACCGCCGGGUGUCGGGGGACGCGGCGCCGGACCUGGACCGGGGGCUGCGCAAGAGGACUUACUCGCUGACCACGCCCGCGCGGCAGCGGCCGGCGCCCCAGCCCUCCUCCGCGUCGCUGGAUGAGUACACGCUGACGCGGGUGGCCUUCUCGGGCAGCUCGGGCCGCCCCUGCCCGGCCUGCCCCGCCGCGUCCCCCCGAGGGGCUUACCACCCCUACCCCGAGGACUACGGGGACAUCGAGAUCGGGUCGCACAGGAGCUCCAGCAGCAACUCGGGGGCCGACGACGGCUACGUGCCCAUGACCCCCGGCGGGGCGCUCGCGGGCGGCGGCUGCAGGAGCGACGACUACAUGCCCAUGAGCCCCACCAGCGUGUCGGCCCCGAAGCAGAUCCUGCAGCCCCGCGCCGGCGCCCCCGCCGCGCCGCCCGCGGCAGCCGCGGGGCCCGCGCCCGCGCCGGGCAGGCCCUUCCCGGCCGCGGGGGGCGGCUGCAAGGCGGGCUCCCCGGCCGAGAGCUCGCCCGAGGACAGCGGCUACAUGCGCAUGUGGUGCGGCUCCAGGCUGUCGGUGGAGAGCGGCGACGGCAAGCUGCUGGCCAACGGGGACUACCUCAACAUGUCCCCCAGCGACGCGGGCGCCCCGGGGACGCCCCCCGACUUCUUCCCCGCCGCCUUGCAGGGCGGGCCCGGCUGCUGCGCCGGCCCCUUGCCGCGCUCCUGCAAGGCGCCCUACGCCUGUGCCGGCGACAACGACCAGUACGUGCUCAUGAGCUCGCCCGUGGGGCGCAUCCCGGAGGAGAGGCCGGCGCCGCCCCCCAGCCCGGGCGCCAGCGGCCACGCGCGGCCCCCGCACCCCGUCGUGCCUUCGCCCCCGCGGCCGGGCGGCGGCGCCGGCGGCUUCCUGGGCCCGCGCUGCCGGGCCGUGCGGCCCACGCGCCUGUCGCUCGAGGGGCUGCACACCCUGCCCAGCAUGCACGAGCUCCCGCUGCCGCCCGAGCCCCGGAGCCCCGGCGAGUACAUCAACAUCGACUUCGGCGAGGCGGGGGCGCGCCUGUCGCCGCCCGCGCCCCCGCUGCUGGCCGCCGGCAGCCCGGCCUCCUCGCUGGGCUCGGGCACCCCGGGCACCAGCAGCGACAGCAGGCAGCGCUCCCCGCUGUCCGACUACAUGAACCUCGACUUCAGCUCGCCCAAGUCGCCCAAGCCGGGCGCCCCGGGCGGGGACCCCGUGGGCUCCCUGGACGCCCUCCUGUCCCCCGAGGCCGCCGCCCCCUACCCGCCCCUGCCCCCGCGCCCCGCCGCGCCCGCCUCGUCGCUGCAGCCGCCGCCGCCCCCGCCCGGGGAGCUGUACCGCCGGCCCCCCGCGCCCCCUGCCCCGGGCCCCAGCGCCGCCUCCCCUUCGUCCCCCGAGGCCGCGGACAACGGGGACUACACCGAGAUGGCCUUCGGCGUGGCCGCCACCCCGCCGCAGCCCAUCGCCGCGCCCCCGAAGCCGGACGGCGCCCGCGUCGCCAGCCCCGCGUCGGGCGUCAAGCGGCUGAGCCUCAUGGAGCAGGUGUCGGGCGUGGAGGCCUUCCUGCAGGCCGCGCAGCCCCCGGACCCGCACAGGGGCGCCAAGGUCAUCCGCGCGGACCCGCAGGGCGGCCGCCGCCGCCACAGCUCCGAGACCUUCUCCUCGACCACCACUGUGACCCCCGUGUCCCCGUCCUUCGCCCACAACCCGAAGCGCCACAACUCGGCCUCCGUGGAAAACGUCUCUCUCAGGAAAAGCAGCGAAGGCGGCGGCGGCGGCGGCCUGGCCGGGGGCGAGGAGCGCCCCACGUCCCCGCGCCAGGCGCAGCCCCCGCCGCCCCAGCAGGCCAGGCCGUGGCUGCCGGGUCAGCCGGGGGCCUUGGCCGCGGGCUCCCCGAUGCGCAGGGAGACGUCCGCCGGCUUCCAGAACGGCCUCAACUACAUCGCCAUCGACGUGAGGGACGAGGCCGGGCCGCACCCGCAGCCGCAGCCGGGGGAGAAGGGCGCCUGGGGCCGGACCCAUAGCCUCGGGGGCCUCAUCAGCGCCGCCGUGGGGGGCAGCGGCGCCGGCGGCGUGUGUGGGGGCCCGGGCCCUGGCGCCCUGCCCUCCGCCAGCACCUACGCCAGCAUUGACUUCCUGUCGCAUCACCUGAAGGAGGCCACCAUCGUGAAAGAGUGAGGAUCUGUCUGGCUCACCCUGACGUCACCCAUCAGAGAAUGACUUUAAAAGAAGAUGCCCAGUGGUCUUUUUGGUUUUUUAAUCUGAAGCUGCUUACGGUUUUCUUUUGGAUCUGAGCAAGGACUCCGUUUUGGAACAUCUACGACUAUAUUAGACUCUGGACCCACAAGGCAAGGACGCCUGCCCCUGCCCCUGGUUCGCGUCGGGGGCGCGUGUCAUUCUGCUGCUCGUGCUGUGUUCUGUUUGCUCUCUCACGGAAGUCGCCGAAGAAGGUAUUCUCAAUUGGAUGUUUCCAUUGGCCCUUUAAAUUGUGGCCGGUGUCUUAAUUCCUCCUCACUUUCUUUGUGGCAAAGCAGUUUCAUCCCUCGGCAUGCUAGGAGCUGCUGCAGUACCCAAGAAGGUGGUAACAUCUGGUCUUUACUGGCAUGCACUCAAAACUACCACAGUCCUACCUCAGUUCAGGUGAAGCCGGAUGUGUGUGGCCGGGGGCCAGCAGGACCUCCUGUACAUAGCUGUCUGCUGAGUAUGUCCCGCGUGUGGCCUUCAGCCUUAUUUAAGUGGUCCCAGAACGCAGCGGCUCCGUGGAUCCAAUCCAGGUACCUGCGUGUUUACUCAGACCGAGCCCGGUGUGGGACUGACGUUUCUCAACGGAAAUGCAAUUUGGGAUUGGACUUUGAAGAUGGAUUAAUAAAUAAUAAUAAUAAUUAUAUGUAACUGAAGCAACCUACUUUUGAAAAUCAUCAACUGU